AUGGCGACCAAGCAUCUAGCCACAUGGGCCUUGGCCCUUCAGUACACGAACCUUACCCAGCCCGUGACCGACAUGGCGGUCAAGAGUAUUUACAACUGGGCUGGCUGUGCUAUUGGCGGGUACGCUCUUCCCCCCGCGGGAGUUGCAUAUGAUGCUGUAACGCCGAUGCUGCCAGAAAACGCAGGCAAUUCUUCUAUUCUGGGAUCUGACGCCUUCGUCGAUAUCCAGACGGCAGCUCUGGUCAACGGUAUUGCCUCCCAUGUCGAUGACUAUGAUGAUACGCAUGCCGAUACCCCUGUGCAUCCAUCCGGUCCUGUUUUAUCUGCCCUACUGGCGGUUGCCGAGUGGAAAGCUCCUGUUUCUGGUGAAGACCUCCUCACGGCCUUUGUUGCUGGAGUGGAGGCAGAGUGCAAGCUUGGAAUCUCUGUCUACCCUGAGCAUUAUGACAUUGGAUGGCAUAUAACCAGUACCACUGGCUCGGUGGGCGCGGCAGUUGCUGUUGGCAAACUCAUAGGCCUCGACCUCGAGAAGCUCCAGCACGCAAUCAGUAUCGCCGCUGUUCAAGUUAUUGGAAUGCAUGAGUCGUUUGGCACUGACACAAAGCCAUUCCAUGUCGGCCGUGCUGCCCAGUCCGGUCUCUUGGCAGCGGUGCUCGCCCAAAAUGGGUUCGGCAGCUCACUGGAGGGACUGGAGGCAGAGCGAGGCUGGGCUAAUGUUGUGAGCACUCGCAAUAACGUCACAAAGGAGUUCACCACGCUGGGUAAUGUUUGGGAAAUUACCAAGAAUACAUUUAAACCUUUCCCCUGUGACCGGAUUAUCCACGCUGCCAUUGAUGGUUGGAUUCAGAUCCAUGACCAGGCUGUCGAAAAGAAGCUUGAUCUUACCAGUAUUGUGAAUGUCACGGCCCGCACAAACCCCAAAGUGCUCUUUUUGACAGAUAACCCCGAGCCAAAGACUGGUCUUGAUGGAAAGUUCAGUGUUUAUCAUGCCGCUGCUGUCUCAUUGCUCUUUGGUGAAGCCACUCCGGUACAAUUCACUGAUGAAGCUGUAAAGAACUCCACCGUUGUGAGUCUUCGUAAGAAGGUGUGUGUCACUUCGGACGAUGCUGUGAGCGAGCAUGAGGCUUUUGUCACUGCUGAGUUCAAGGAUGGUACUAAACUGGAGGUUCAUGUCAAGGAGGCUUUGGGCAGCAUCAAGAAGCCAUUGUCGGCUAAACAGCUUAAGGAAAAGUUUCUCGAGCAUGUCAGUAAUCACAUUGGUAAGGAACGGGCCCAGAAGGCUUUCACUGGUUUUUCUGAGAUUGCCAGCUCUACGGAUGUUGCACAGAUCUUGCGCCAGUUCAAGAAAUGA